AUGGCAGCUAAGAACGAUGACAAGAUUGCCAUGUCCGGCGAAGAUGUUUACGAAUACCCUCGAGUUGGUCCCCAAUACUCUGAUACCGGGGAUUUCCAGGAUAGAACGAUCUCUGUGAGGGAUUGGUUCACUGACCUUUUCUCUGAUAUUCCUGGUCAACUUCUUUAUUAUGUCAAGUCUCUUUUUCCUAUUGCUACUUGGAUACAUCGCUAUAAUCUCACCUGGUUCACCGGAGAUAUUAUUGCAGGACUUACUGUUGGGGCUGUUGUUGUUCCGCAAUCCAUGAGCUACGCCCUGCUUGCUUUCAUGGGCCCUGAGUAUGGGUUGUAUUCGAGUUUUGUCGGUGUCUUCAUCUACUGCUUCUUUGCUACUAGUAAAGACGUUACAAUUGGGCCUGUUGCUGUGAUGACUCUUGAAGUUGCAAAAGUCAUCACUCAUGUUAGGGAGAUACACGGCGAUACAUAUUCGGCCCCAGAAAUUGGCUCAGCACUUGCGUUGAUUUGUGGGGCUAUCUCAAUUGGUAUUGGCCUCUUGAGAAUUGGAUUCAUUUUGGAAUUUAUCCCUGCUCCCGCUGUUGCUGGGUUCGUUACAGGGAGUGCUUUUACCAUCGCAACAACCCAAAUCCCUGCACUUAUCGGUGUUCAAAAGUUGUUCAACACCCGCGAUGCCUCAUACAUGGUCAUCAUAAACACACUGAAGCACCUGCCAAAUGCAAAACUUGAUGCAGCUUUCGGAUUUACGGCUCUAUUUGGACUAUAUUUCAUACGCUGGGUACUCAAUAAACUGACGAAAAGAUACCCACAGCAUAAGAGGAAAUUCUUCUUCGCAAAUGUCACCCGAAAUGGAGUCGUGGUUAUUAUAGUUACUCUUGCUUCAUGGCUUAUUACAAGACACGAUCCCAAGGGACAUGCAAGAAUCACAAUUUUGAAGGAUGUGCCAAGAGGUUUUCGACAUGUUGGUCCUUUGAGGAUUGAUACUCCUUUAGUUCAGGCUAUUAUGCCGCAUAUUCCUGUUGCUACUAUAAUUCUGUUACUUGAGCAUAUAUCCAUUGGUAAAGCCUUUGGUAGAAUCAAUGACUACAAGAUCAACCCAAACCAAGAGGUUAUAGCUAUCGGGGCUACAAACAUCAUUGGAACAUUCUUUGGUGCUUACCCAGCCACUGGAUCAUUCUCACGUACUGCACUCAAAUCAAAGUCUGGAGUUCGUACACCAGCUGCAGGCAUCAUCACUGGUCUGGUAGUUAUUUUGGCUUUGUACGCGCUUACAGAUGCAUUUUAUUUCAUUCCUAUGGCUGGUUUAGCUGCUGUGAUCAUACACGCCGUAGGAGAUUUGAUGACACAUCCCCGCCAACUUGUCGUUUUCUGGCGUGUACAACCCAUUGAAGCGGUUAUCUUCUUAGCUUGUGUAUUUAUCAUCGUCUUCACGAACGUUGAAAACGGCAUUUAUCUUGCAACUGGUGCUUCAUUGGCACUUCUACUUUGGCGGAUCGCUCGCCCCAGAGGUCAAUUUCUAGGAAAAUUGCAGGUAUCUGACGGUAAAAAUACCAAGGAUGUUUGGGUUCCAAUCGACCGGCGGACAAUCAACCCGCACGUCAAGGUCCAGAAUCCGCCUCCUGGAGUAAUUGUCUUUCGUCCUACUGAAUCAUUCACCUAUCCAAAUGCCACUAGUCAAGUCGACUGUGUAGUGGAUGAAGUUAGACGCAUCACGAAACGUGGAAAGCAAAAUGCUUGGCCAACCCUCGGGGAUCGCCCGUGGAAUGAUCCUGGCCCACGAUCCGGCAUCAGCGCUGAAGCUGCCCGUAACGAUAAACGCCCUGUAAUGCGAGCCGUUGUCAUUGAUUUCGGUUCCGUGGCCACUAUCGACUCCACUGGUAUCCAAAGUCUUGUGGAUGCGAGGCACCAGAUCAACAAGUACGCUGACCGGGAAGUCGAGUUCCACUUUGCCAAUAUCAUAUCUCCAUGGGUUCGUCGUGCACUUAUCUCAGGAGGGUUUGGAUUUGGAUUACCACUGAAAGACUUUACGGAAAUGGCGCCUGUGGAGCCGGAGAACUCAUCUUAUAUGGGCAAUAGUUCAAGGAACGGUCCAGACUCAAAUGAUCUUAAGUAUAGGUUGAAGAAUUAUGUUACGAACACGGACUUUAAGGAUAAAAGGUUCCGGACAAAAGAUGGGUACGAUAUCAAUGUCGAAGAAAAGGGAGUAGGGGAAGAGGAACAGACACGCUGGGCGGCCCUUAUUUCGAACGAUACCCCAUUCUUUCAUUUGGAAAUACCAGAUCUUUCGGUUCUGCCUCCUGACAAGAGAGAGGCCGAUGCAGACUCUGAUUUUGGGCUUGAGAAGGUUCACGAAGAGGAAGACCUUGAUGACUCCAAAUCUGUCUAG